AUGCGUCUUAGAGAAAUACUGCUGACACUUUUGGUACUUAUGUUUAUAAUAAGCAUGUCAGAAGAAACUUGUACCUCACGCCUUCACAUUACAGCAGUUGAAGGGGAACCUUUCUAUCUGAAAUACUGUUCAUCCUCAGCUAAGCAUGAGAACAAAACCACCACCAUGAAAUGGUACAAAAAUCAAUUACAUGGGCCUGUUGAACUGAGCUCGAGUAGUUCACCCAGAAUUAUUUUGCUUGGUUAUGUUUUGGAGUUUUGGCCAGUUGAGUUGAAUGACAGUGGAUCUUACUCUUUCCGAAUGGGAAAUGAUACCUAUGACUGGAAAUUAAAUGUCAUCAGAAGGAGUAAACACAGCUGUUUCACUGAGAAACAAGUAAUAAGUAAAGUUGUGGAAGUUAAAAAAUCUUUGCAGAUAGCCUGUGAACAUAGUUACUAUCAAAAACUGGCCAACAGAACAUUAUUGUACAAGAACUGUGGAAAGAUAGAAAACAAUCAAAACCCAUUUUUAAGGAAGAAUGCGGAGUUUAAAGAUCAGGGAUAUUACACCUGCAUGUUUCUCCUUCAUCAUAAUGGAAAACUAUUCAACGUCACCAAAACCUUCAAUAUAACAAUAGUUGGAGACAAGAGUAAUAUAAUUCCAGCUCUUCUUGGACCAAAGCUUACUCCUGUUAAAGUGGAAUUAGGAAAAGAUGUACAGCUCAACUGCUCUGCUUUGCUGAAUGAAAAGGAUGUGAUUUAUUGGAACAUCUGGAAAGAAAAUGGAAAGGACCCUAAUGUGCAUGAAGAGGAAGUGAUGAAAAUUAGGACUUCAGAAGGCAAAUGGCUUGCUUCAAAAACACUGAGAAUUGAGAAUGUUAAUAAAAAAAAUCUAAACUUUUUGUAUAAUUGUACUGCGGCCAGCAAGGGAGGCAUAGACACCAAAAGCUUCAUCUUGUUGAAAAAAGAAGACAUGGUUGACAUCCCAGGCCACAUCUUCACUAGAGGAAUGAUUGUAGCUGUUUUGAUAUCAGUGGUCGUCGUGUGCCUAGUGACCGUGGGUUUCAUUUAUAGAGUUGACUUGGUCCUAUUUUAUAGACAUUUCAUGGGAAGAGAUGAAACCUUAGCAGAUGGAAAAACAUAUGAUGCUUUUGUGUCUUACCUCAAAGAAUGUCAGCCCGAGAACGGAGAGGAGCAUACCUUUGCUGUGGAGACUUUGCCCAGGGUGUUGGAGAAACAUUUUGGGUAUAAGUUAUGCAUAUUUGAACGUGAUGUGAUGCCUGGAGGAGCUGUUGUGGAUGAAAUCCACUCAUUGAUAGAGAAAAGCCGAAGGCUGAUCAUUGUCCUGAGUAAAAGUUACAUGUCUAAUGAAGUCAGGUAUGAACUUGAAAGUGGACUCCAUGAGGCACUAGUGGAAAGGAAAAUUAAAAUAAUCUUAAUUGAAUUUACACCUGUCGGAGACUUCACCUUCUUGCCUCAAUCGCUGAAGCUUUUGAAAUCCCACAGAGUUCUGAAGUGGAAGGCCGAUAAGUCUCUGUCUUAUAACUCAAGGUUCUGGAAGAAUCUUCUUUAUCUGAUGCCUGCAAAAGCAGUCAAACCAUGUAAAGAUGAAGCAGAAGUCUUGCCUGUUCUUUCGCAGUCCUGAUCUUCAGAAAAACUGAGCAGAAGAAGCCAAUCU